UUUCAAGUUUGCUGAGUAUAUUUCAUCCCUACCCCUAUGCUAGUAAGUCCCACUUCUUUUUUUUUACCCAUUAAUCAGAGACCACACACCAUUGUUUCUGAGAAACAAGUCACAAGACACUAUUUUACAUAUCUUUUGUCAGUUGCCACUUUACUGGUGUAUGAUGGAGUGUUUGUCAGUGAAUGAAUGGCUGUAAAGACUAAGUCAGACUUGUUCCUUUACACUUGUCUCUGCUUUUUUGAAAAGAAUGGGUCUUUAUAACUAGUAUUAUUGAUUCUUGCUCCAUCCAAAAGACUAGUUUCAUCUUACAACCAAGAAAGCUAAGGGCUACAUUUUACAUUCAAAUUACAGACAAAAGAAAAGGAAACUCCUGUCAUCCUUUUUUUCCUUUUAUCUUUUUUCUCUUCUGUCAUCUCUAUUGUGUGUUUUGCAUAUUUUGAAACUUAAGUACAGUUAAGUAUCUUUUUCCCCUAAAAAUUGUUCCUUUUUAUAACCUUCCUCUAAAUUUACACUUGUUUCUUGAUUUUGGAGACAUUGUAGUUAGAUUUUUGCUUUUCAUUGUGUAUUUCAGUUGGCAGUUUUCUUUUCCCUUUUUGGAUUUUGGUUGGUCCAGCUGAUGAGUAGCUUUAAUUGGAAGGUUAUUUAAUCAUUAGGCUUCAGCCGACAGUAGAUUAAUUUAUGUAUAAUAAUAUAGUAAUAAUAAUCCGUAUGAUAAAAGUUUGAAAACAUCUCUGCAUUAUUGUGCGAACACUGUGGCUUAAUUUAUAUAUUUAUAUAUCUGAAAUAACUUUUCAAGAUUCUCUUAAUCCCUAUUUUGACACGUAUUGUUGUUGAGAAUUUUACCUACAUGCUCUUCCUUUUUGCAAACCUGGUCAUUUUAUCAUUUGUAAAAAUAGUUUAUCAGUAGUUUUGAAUUUGUGGUACAUAAUCUGCACAUCUUUUUACUUUUUGUGUUGAAAACUGCGGUAUGGUUUGUUGGAUCUUGUUAAAUGUUUCGAUUUUGUUUUAUUGGAUUUUUGAUGUGAUGAAAAUCUUGGAGUAGAUGGUGGAUGGGAUGAGCAUAAAAAGGAGGUGAUUAAGGUCUUGGAGCGGACAAAAGCUAAAUUGUAACUUUACUUUCACAUUUUGUGACGUUGUUAACUCAGGUCAAGAAUUUAGAGGCAAAAAUUGAAUUGUGUGAUGGAAUCAUCAUCAUCGUCAUCAAAGAGGGCCAAGGCACCAGGGAAUAUAGCUCAUUGCUUGGUUGAUGGGUGUAAUGCAGACCUAAGUGAAUGCAGAGAGUAUCAUCGCCGGCAUAAAGUUUGUGAGGUGCAUUCAAAGACUGCCAAAGUCACAAUUGCAGGUCGAGACCAACGCUUCUGUCAGCAAUGUAGCAGGUUUCAUUCAUUGGUAGAAUUUGAUGAUGGAAAGAGAAGCUGUCGGAAACGUCUUGAUGGACAUAACAGGCGUCGAAGGAAGCCUCAGCCAGAUUCUAUGGCAAAAAAUUCUGGAAUACUUUUUGGCCAACAAGGAACGAAACUCCUGUCAUUUAGCAGUCAACAAAUAUUUCCAAGUGCAGUUGUGAGUUCUGCAUGGGCUGGUGUUGUCAAAACGGACAGCGAUAUGGUAUUAUACAACAACCAAUCUCAUAUGAAUGGUAUGGACAGUCAAAACUCUUUCCCUGAUUCUUCGGGUCAUAGCUAUAAAGGAGGAAGCCAAUUCCAGUUCAUGCAAGGCAGUGAUCGUAGUCUGACUGAAGCGCCACUUUUUGAACAUCCCACUUCUGCGGCAGGAAUUUCUAGCAGCGGACAAAAGAUCUUCUCGAGUGGAUUAAAUGAUAUUGUUGAUUCUGAUCGUGCUCUCUCUCUUCUGUCAUCAGCACCCGCUGUAACUAGGGAGAUUGGUUUGAGUCACAUGGUGCAGCAGCCUGCCUCUAUCCCGCGUUCCCAGUCACAUGGCCUGCAGUAUGAUGGUCUAAGCCAUUUCCCUUUUGCUCAAGAUUUCAAUAGCAAACCUCAAGAUUCACAUGUCAGCAACAGCAGCAGCCCUCUCCAUUUCCAUGAUAUGUUGCAAAAUGCACAAGAUGAAUCAUCUACAGUCCCUGCCUCUCAGCAAACACUAGCCUUUAUGUGGGACUAAACUUUUAGCCUGCCUUGCUUUCUGCGGAUAUCAUCAAGCAAAUUCCGGUGAAUCUUCAAUCCAUCCAACCAAAUGCUAUUCCAUUUCAGAAUGUUAAGCUUCUAAUUAGCAAACACUCCACAUGAUUCGAAUGUUUGUGUAAUAUAUAUCACUUAACUUUUCUAUAUUUUCCCUUCAUUAUGACGACGAUUCUCUUCGUUGUUCUCUGAAUUUUCCAUCCCAUCUCCAAAAUGUAUUAAAAAAUCUCUUAAUUUAAUUAAAAAGUAUAUUCCAGCUUUCUGG